UGGAUUUACCCUUAGAUCUAAUGAAUUAAAAUGUAAUUCGUUUUUAUAUGUUUUCAAUGUUUAUAUAACCACUACAGUAUGACAUUUCCAUUCAGCCUGGUCCUAAAAUCGAUCAUUUCAUUUAUCUUAAUUUAUUUGGCUAUUCUUGUGUGGUUGGAUCAUUUUCAUUAUCAGUUAUAAAUAGUCUGAUUGCAAAGCUGACUUAAAUUGUGCUAUUUAACUGGCAAGGCAGGAUGUAUACAAAUUUGUGGAAUAUCUAAAUAUAUUUUUAGAUAUUUAACUAUUAAACUGUCUAAAAGGGAAGUUAGAUACUACAUAUGGAAAUAAAUUCAAGACUGAAAAAAUGAAGAAAAAGAAAGUUACGAGGGGAAGUGGAGUUAAGUCACCAAUUGAAAGUGUGGCUGCUGUUCAGAGGCUUCCUAUUGAUAAGCAAGCCUUAGAAGCCAACAACAAACCAAAUGAUGCUGGAGCCAUGGUUAUACGGAAUAGCAAAUCUAAAUAUACACGUGGAGCCAAAAGUGCACAAAGUGAAACCAAAGCUGUAAUAAUGAACCCAAUUGAUCCAAAAACUGUCCUCUUCUUUGAGGCAAUCAGAGAAGGGUCAGUUCAAAAAGUGAAAGCUAUUCUACGUGGAAAGAAUAUGAAUUUAAAUACAAGAGAUCUAAAUGAUAAAAAUGCACCUACUGCGCUCAUUACAGCAUGUGAGGUGAAUAACACUGAAAUUGUAAAGCUGAUGCUGACGAUGAAGAAAGCAAGGUUCCUUGAUGUGAAUCAAGAAGACAAAGUGGGUCGAAGACCUAUCUGGAUAGCUGCUUGGAAAGGAAACCCAGAAAUAGCAGAUUUAUUACUGAACACAAGAGGCACCGAGUGUGAUGUCAACUUUAUUGACAAAGAAUCUGGUACUAGUCCACUAUACAGAGCUAUUCUGAGCAACUCAGAAGAAACGGCACACCUGCUGAUACAGGCUAAAGCUGAUGUUAACAUGAGAAGAAUGGGUUUUGACUUAAAGGCAGAAACUCCACUGAUCAAAGCAGUACAAAUGGACAACAAACAGAUAGUAGAACAUCUAGUAAAUGCGUUGUGUAAAAUUCAAGCAAGAACAGAUGAUGGAUUUAAUGCGUUGCAUUACUGCGUUGCUUAUAAGAGAUAUGACAUUGCCGAGUACCUCCUACAAAAUGAGAUAAGAAUUCAUGCAAAGAGCAAUAACGGUAUAACGGCAAUGACUGUUGCAAUUGAGCACCACAAUCCUGCAAUGGUGAGAUUACUUAUCCAGUAUGGAUACAAAAUGGACAAAAGGUACGCAUGGAAAGAGACCCCGUUAUCUCAGGCUAUUAACAUACAUAGUGAAGAGUGUGCAAUGACAUUGGUUCACCAGGGCUGUGAACUGAAGAAAAAACGUGGACAUUCAUACUUUAUGAUGGCAGUGGAUGAGAAGUUGAUGAAAUUUGCAAAAUUCAUGGCUGCUGUGCAGCCACAAGUUCUGCAAGAAGACUGGGUGAAAACCAGGAAGUGGCCUGUGUCCAUUUACCAUCGACCUGAUAUAAUCCGAUGGCUCGAACAAGAGUCCGACAAAGUACGAUCUCUACGCCAGCUAUGCCGUGGACGGAUAUUCCGCUUGCUUGGAAAGUAUCCAAGCAAUAAACUCAAGAAACUGAAUCUCACUGAAGCACUUAGCGAGUAUGUUUCUUAUACAUCUCAUGUCAAAGAAGAGUUCUACAACCAAAAAUUGCUUGAUCUUACAGGAGAAUGCCCCAUAGAAUGCCCUGCCAUAUGCACCAGAAAAUACUGUCCUCCAAUAGAAUUCUCAAGUUCUUCAGAGUCAGAUUCCAGCAUUGACGAUGAUGAAAUAGAAUCUAAUGGUGCUGAUACAAAACACAAUCAUAAUCAUAAUCAUAACCAUGACCACGAUCCCAACGAUGAGGAAGGUAAAUGCUGCGACUAUUGUAAAUAGUCUGGUGCACUAGCUGGACAAGUCAAUACUCUUAAUAUAAAUAUGGCUUAAGGCUAGACAGGCAGUACUUUUGCAUAGUUGAACAGUGCUACAGACAGCCAAAUCUGUCUUUUCAGGAGUUUUUUCUGGUGCAAGUAAAGGUUCAGUGACAAGUAAACAAAAAUUCCAUCUUUGUUAAACUUUUUUUUAUUGGAGGGGGGGGGGGGGCAGGGAGCAAAACUAUUACAAUACUGUAUGCUACAGUUCUUGUGCCACUAUUUUAAGACAUCUUUGGAUCAUAUUGGUCUCUAAAGCUAUUCCUGAACAGAUAAAAUACUUUAAGUUUCUUCAGUGGUAUAUGCUAUGUUUUGAACUGUUCUAGUUGCAAUCUCUUAGAGCUGAGUGACAUAUUUUCAUGUGCUACUGUUCUGUACUUUAUGAAUGUUGAUAUGUGACCUGUACAUAGUGACUAUUUAUUUAAAAUAUGUAGGAAAAAUGCAUCAGAAAAGUGAAAUAUUGGUGAUUUUAUAGAUGUAGAUUAUUUUGUCAUUACGAAAUGUUCUAUGCAAUAAAAGAAACUUUCUACACAAUU